AUGGCGAGCCCACCCCCGGUCGCCGAGGACCAAAGUCGCCUCCUCGAAGAGGCAUUGGGGGUCGUUCGGCAACAAUCAGCAAUGAUGCGCAAAUGUUUGGAAACUCCCGGGAAACUCAUGGAUGCGCUCAAGUGCGGAUCCACUCUUGUCUCUGAAUUGCGCACGCCGAGCCUGGGCCCGAAGCAGUAUUACGAGUUGUACAUGGCCGUGUUCGACGCAUUGCGACACCUAUCCGUCUAUCUCAAGGAGAACCACCCCGUCAACCAUCUCGCAGACUUGUAUGAGCUGGUUCAAUAUGCGGGCAAUAUCGUGCCUCGCCUGUACCUCAUGAUCACGGUCGGUACCGUUUACAUGUCGGUCGAAGAUGCGCCAGUCAAGGAGAUCAUGAAGGAUAUGAUGGAGAUGAGCCGUGGCAUUCAGCACCCAAUCCGUGGCCUCUUCCUGCGCUAUUACCUCUCCGGCCAGGCACGCGACUAUCUUCCUUCGGGAAAUAGCGAGGGCCCCGAAGGCAACCUCCAGGAUUCCAUCAAUUUUGUUCUGACAAACUUUGUGGAGAUGAACAAGCUUUGGGUCCGACUGCAGCACCAGGGUCCUUCUCGGGAGCGGGAACGCCGGAUACAGGAGAGACGCGAGCUGGAACUGCUCGUUGGCAGCAAUAUUGUGCGACUAAGUCAGUUGGUUGAUUUGGAAUCGUACAAGUCCGGAAUAUUGCAGGCGCUCCUGGAGCAAGUGGUCCAAUGCCGCGACGUAUUGGCUCAAGAGUAUCUCUUAGAAGUGAUCACGAAAGUCUUCCCGGACGAGUUUCACCUCCAUACUCUGGACCACCUGCUAUCUGCCAUUGCUCGCCUCCAUCCCCACGUGGACUUGAAAAAGAUUGUGAUUGGAUUGAUGGAUCGAUUGUCCACAUAUGCGACAAAAGAGAGCGAUUCCCCAUCGGAGCCGGAAGUACGACGAGAGCAGGAAGAAGAAGCUGUUGUGCGUUUAUUGAAAAAGCUCGAGCUUGACAAUGAAAAGAAACAGCGAUCGGAAACCGAAGCAAGUGGAACGAACAAGUCCCAAGAUAAUGGCGUGGCAGCACCGGCCAAGGCCGAGGGAUCAUCCGAGGCCUCAAAAGAGGAGGCCGAAGAAGAGGAGACAGCCACAGCUAGAGAGAAUGGCAAAUCGGCCGUGCCAGCCGAGGCCAAACUCUAUGACAUCUUCUAUGAUCAAGUGGUCAACCUGAUCAAGACUCGCGCGCUCCCAAUUCAGGACAUUAUGGCGCUACUCGUUUCUCUGGUGAAUUUGGCUUUGAACAUCUACCCAGAUGAACUCCACUACGUGGACCAGGUCCUCAACUUUGCGACCGAGAAGACUGCUGAAUAUACCGACCAUGCCGACCUUCAUUCAGCUCCGACUCAACAGCACAUCCUUCAUCUACUGAGCGCUCCCCUCCGUUCCUACAUCUCCAUCUUCACCGCCCUGGCACUUCCUCAUUACCUACCCCUUCUCGCAUCGCAGUCUUAUCCCACUCGUCGUGCAAUUGCAGGCGAGAUCGUGCGAAACUUGCUGAAGAACAAAACCCUGAUCAAGAAUACCGAGAACCUUGACCGUGUAUUGCAGGCGGCCCGGGUCUUGAUCAAGGAGGGGCUUCAGCAGUCGAGCGGAUACCCUGGGGCACCCUCGCAGCGGCGGGGUGGUGAGACUGACGAGACAAUCGAGGAGCAAGGGUGGCUUGCGAGGUUGGUUCAUCUCAUCCAAGCACCUGAUAAUGACACACAGCUCAAGCUUCUUCAAACUACUCGGAAGGUCUACGCCGAUGGCAAUGAGCGCAUCCGAUACACAACACCCGCUCUUGUCACAGCAUCGAUUCGCUUGGCUCGCAAAUUGAAGGCGCGCGAGCAUUAUGACGAUAACUGGCAAUCUCAGUCCUCAGCUCUUUAUCGGUUCUUGCAUCAGUGUGUCAACAGUUUGUACCAGCGAGUCAACCCAGGAUGCGCGGACCUGGCUCUACGCCUUUUCGUGAUGUGUGGUGAAGUUGCCGAUCAAACCGGAUUUGAGGAAGUCAGCUAUGAAUUCUUCGCACAGGCUUUCACGAUCUACGAGGACGCCAUUAGUGAUUCGCGCGCUCAGUUCCAAGCAGUCUGCAUAAUUGCAGGUGCUCUUCACGGAACCAGAGGAUUCUCAAAGGAGAACUACGACACAUUAAUUACCAAGGCCGCUUUACAUGGUAGCAAGCUUCUCAAAAAACCCGACCAGUGCCGUGCUGUAUACCUCGCCAGUCAUCUUUGGUGGGUGGUGGAAAAUCCCCAGCGCGGGGAGGAAGAUGCAAAGAAUCUUUACCGCGAUGGCAAACGUGUUCUCGAAUGCUUACAACGAGCCCUUCGAGUGGCCGAUGCCUGCAUGGACACAGCAGUCUCUGUGGAACUCUUCGUUGAGAUCCUGAACCGCUACGUCUACUACUUCGACCAGCAAAACGAGACCGUGACCACCAAGUACCUCAAUGGUCUGAUCGAGCUCAUCCACUCAAACCUUCAGACUAGCGAAGACGAACCAAAUCCGAGUCUCGAGGGCCCGAAGCGUCACUUUGAGCGAACCCUGGAGUACAUUCGAUCUCGUGAAUACGAAGGCGUUGUGACUGAGCGGCAAUGA